GGGCGCGAUAUCAGAUCCUCUAUAAAACGAGUUGUAUAAUUAAAAGACCAUCACUUUUUUGAAGUCCUAUAACCCUGUCGUUACAAUGAAGCUCUUUGUUGUUUUAUCGUGCCUGGUGCCAAUGCUGAGUCUAGCAGUGGCCGCCACUGCGCCAGACUGGCUCGUCUAUCAACCUAUGAGCACGUGCACAAAUCUGGACGAAAAUGGCUGCUACACUUGUAAAAUGUGCAUGACAAAAGUGACGCCCGCGACCACAUGCUUACCGCCCAGCACCCCCGCCCCUCAGGUGCAAAUUAUUCACGAGCCCUGCACAUGCAACUCGGGAGGCGCCACUAACGGAAUGACAACAACAACAACGACGACAACACAACCGACAACAACAACGACAACACAGCCGACAACAACAAUGACAACACAGCCGACAACAACUACUACAAAGGCAACAACAACCCAGUCGACUGCUGCCACAACGGCCGCCCAGAUGAACCAAUCAGGAAAGUCGGAUUCCCAUCAAGGCACAGCGAAUAACAACACAGCGUCCAACUGGACUCAGGGUCCCUACUGGGAGUACACGUCCACGUCCACCGUGACGACGGAGGGCAACAAGGAGACCACCGUCACCGUAAACGUCACCACGGCCGACGGCGUCGAGGUCAACCGCACAAUAGAGACGACCGUCAUGGAACACGGAAAGGUCACCGGCCAUAACGUCAAGACCAUUGAUUCGAACGUGACGGUUGGAAGCCACGGCGGUCACAAUAGCUCCCAGCACUCGAGCGGAGGCGGCGGCGGAAGUAGCAGCUCCACCAUGAACACGUCGUCAGGACAAUCGGGAACAUCCGGUAACAACUCAUCAGGCACCAAUGGGACAGGAGGCCAAGGGGGUUCAAACAGCUCAACAUCGUCCACGAGCUCCAGUCACUCGAGUCAUUCCGGCAGUAAUGGAACCAGUGGCGGCAGCACAUCGUCAGGGUCGAGUAACAACAGUAACAGCACCACCGGUAAUUCAACAUCCGGAACUUCUGGUACGUCGGGAAACCAGAGUAACGGCGGAUCUUCAACAAAUAAUACAUCUUCUCACUCUACAUCGACAUCAUCUUCCUCUGGCAGUUCCGGUAACCAGUCUGGCUCGGGCAGUUCCGGUGGACAGGGCGCCUCUUCAACGGCUGCUCCCUCCUCCUCUAGUUCCGGUUCUCACUCCAGCUCCUCGCAGUCAGGUGGCUCCUCGAGUGCCGGUUCAACUUCCGGUAUGUCUGCAACCACGCACGAGGCACACACGAGCCAGCACACUACCACCCCGAAACCAACGACGACGAGCACUCAUGCUACCACCACCACAACCAAAGCCACAACAACCACAACCAAACCAACGACAACUACAACCAAACCAACGACAACUACCACCAAAGCCACGACAACCACUACCCAAGCCACCACAACCACAACCAAACAAACGACUACAACCAGCAGCAACUCAAGUUCGAGUUCCUCCCAGCAGUCUGGGUCCCAUUCCAGUUCAAGCUCAAGUAGUUCCAGCUCACACCAGUCAGGGAACCAGCAAAGUUCCGGAAGUGGAUCAAAUGACAGCAACAGCAGCUCCGGCGGCGCCACCCAGCACAUGACCCGACCCACCCAGCCCAACACUCGCCCCACGCAGCCCACCACCAAGCCUCAGACGUUCACAAGACCGACGGCGCCGUCAACAACCACGGCAAAACUGACCAGACCGACCCAGCCGCAUCACGUGACCACUCCCACUACCGCCAAGGCCGGUAACCACGUGCAGACGACAACUGUGGCGCAGGGACCCACCACCACCUGGAACGGCAUUUGCCCAGACUUCCCGCCGGACUGCCCGCCCACCGCACAGUGCGCCACCUUCGAUGAGAACUACUGUCCCAUCUGCGUCUGUCCCACUUCCGGGAGAAAAUAACUUUAACGAUCCACCACAAACCAUGCAUCCUGUAAGCCAUCUGGGCCUAUUGCAGCGCUUCGUAACAUCCAAUGUGAUGUGAUAAAUAGAACCUUGAUAGCAAGAAAUCAAUUGAGUCUGUGAAUUUAUUUACCAAUAAAAAUAUGAAUUGCA